AUGAAUAAUGCAGGGGCCAAGUCACAACCUCGUGGAGCCCAGAGCCAGAGCAGGAGCCCAGAGCCAGAGCAGGAGCCCAGAGCCAGAGCAGGAGCCCAGAGCCAGAGCAGGAGCCCAGAGCCAGAGCAGGAGCAUAGAGCCAGAGCAGGAGCCCAGAGCCAGAGCAGGAGCCCAGAGCCAGAGCAGGAGCCCAGAGCCAGAGCAGGAGCCCAGAGCCAGAGCAGGAGCCCAGAGCCAGAGCAGGAGCCCAGAGCCAGAGCAGGAGCCCAGAGCCAGAGCAGGAGCAUAGAGCCAGAGCAGGAGCCCAGAGCCAGAGCAGGAGCCCAGAGCCAGAGCAGGAGCCCAGAGCCAGAGCAGGAGCCCAGAGCCAGAGCAGGAGCCCAGAGCCAGAGCAGGAGCCUAGAGCCAGAGCAGGAGCCCAGAGCCAGAGCAGGAGCCCAGAGCCAGAGCAGGAGCCUAGAGCCAAAGCAGGAGCCUAGAGCCAAAGCAGGAGCCUAG